AUAUUUGUGCCAUUUUGAAUAAUCAAGCAUCGAAGGAUAAAUGCGAUCCGGCUUUACUGAUUAUACAUAAAAUAUAAAAUACGUAAACAACAAAGAAAUAUAUACUUAUAUAUUUUGACGUACAGUAUUAUUGUUUUGGUUUUUGAGAAAUGUUUCGAAUAAGAUUUGUGUCAAUAAGUUAAUUUGAUGGGUUGUUGAAAAACGGUGGGAAAGUUAUUUUGGAACGACUAUUUAUAAGUUUUCCGGCUAAUUUUGGGGUUGGGAGUUUAUUCUUUUUUUUGGUUAUGUAUACGCGUCAUUAUUGUGUUGAUUAUUUAAUUUGUCACAUACGUUUACUAAAUAUUGACUUAAAAUUUAUGAAAUAACAUAUUUUGUAUUUAUAUACGGGAUUAAUUAUAUAUUUUUAAAUUAUUGAACAUAUUUUUUUUUUUAAUAAUUUAUCCAUAAUGGUUAUUAUAAAAAGUUUAUUUCUGGAGGCGAUCAAUCGACCGAUUAUUUAUCAAUCAAUUGUAUCGUUUACUUUUGUUUUAUUGACAACAUUAUUAUUUUUAUUUCUUAAUAAAAUACAACCGGACCAUUACAUUGACGAAGUUUUUCAUAUUCCUCAAACAAAAAAAUACUGCAAUGGUUCCUUCUUUGAGUGGGACAAAAAAAUCACGACACUUCCCGGACUUUAUAUACUAUCAGCUAUAAUAUUAGCACCGUUUCAGCUAUGCACCACAAUAUACUUACGUAGUAUUAAUCUAGCCGGUACAUGUAUUAAUUUGUAUCUAAUUUACCAAAUAUUGAGUACAAAAAAAUGGGUACAAAAAUGCAAAGCUGAAAAUAGAACCUGGUUACCGUUCAUGGUAUCAAUAAGUGUAACACUUUUACCACCACUGUAUUUUUGGCAUUUUCUAUAUUAUACUGACGUUUUAUCUGUAAACUUAGUCUUAAUGAUGUUUUUGUUACAUCAACGCCAAUAUUAUAAAAAUUCUGCGAUCAUAGGUGCCUUGGCAAUUUUAGCGAGACAAACAAAUGUUAUAUGGUUAAUAUUACUCAUGGGUGAAAGAAUUCUGACCAUAAUUGAAGCCGAAACUCCACAGAGUAUAUCAGCAUUACAGGAUAGAGGGAUCCAUGGAACGUCAAUUCACGCAAGGUUAAUCUGGAAUAAUGUUCGGCAUUAUGUUCAACGUGGGAUCGGUCAAUUCGGAUCAUUUGUGAUGCGUAUGAUCUCAUAUUUAAAGUAUCAAUUAACGGUAAUCCUACUAUUCGUAGCAUUUGUUAUAUGGAAUAGAGGCAUUGUAUUAGGAGACCGUAGCGCUCAUGUAGCAACAAUUCAUCUGCCUCAGAUAUUUUAUUUCUCCAUUUUUAUUUUGGCAUUCUCCUGGCCUUAUAUGUUGCCACAUGUCAAAUCAUUCGUACAAUGGAUCUGCAAACACUGGAUCAUCACAGGCUUAUGUUUAGCAAUUGUGACAGCGAUUGUUCACAGUAAUACGCUAGUACAUCCGUAUUUGUUAGCUGACAAUAGACAUUACGUUUUUUAUAUGUGGAACAGAUUUAUAGGACGUUAUUACUUUGCCAAAUACGCUUUAAUACCUUUAUAUGGAUUUGUAAUCUACGCCACGGUGAUGUGUCUCCAGGAUAUGAGAUACUUGUCAAAAGUGUUAUAUGCAGGAUGCAUCGCUGUUGUUUUGAUACCACAAUUAUUACUAGAACCCCGUUACUUUAUAAUACCGUACAUAUUAGUACGUUUGAGCUUGCCAGAACCAAAAUUAUGGCAGAUGUCUUUGGAAUUAAUGACAACUUUAGUUAUUAACUUUCUACAAUUUUAUAUAUUUGUUACUAAAACUUUUUAUUGGACUGACCAAGAAGGUCCACAGCGGUUAUCAUGGUGAUAAUUUAUUUAUAUUUAAGUAUUUAAAAUGACCAUUGAAAUAAAUUAAUAGGUUUAAAUAUAAUUUGAUUUUGUAUACUAAAAUUUAAUUUAGAUCAUUUGUUCAGUUAAAAUCAUUAAAAAAUUUCUUAGGUAGUACAAUAUUUCAAAUUUUAUUUCACGUCAAACUUCUUUUGACACUGUAAAAUCAUGUUUGUAAUUUAAUCCGUCUGCACUUGAAGAGCUUAAAAAAAAGUUUCAACGUUAGGAGGAAUAUUUAGAUAAUUAAAUUACAUAAUUUUAGUUUAUCGAUUAGUUUAGCGAUCUAAUAUAUUACAAGAAAAUUAUUUAAUGCUUAAAUGAAUAAUUUUUAGCUUACAUUACUAAAUUAUUUCAAUAAUUUAAUAAUUUGAUUGCUUUAUCCAUCACAAUCGAUUAAAUCGGUUAAGAUUGCCAAAAUUAUCAUACGACUGAUAAUGAAUAAUAAAAUUUUUAUAAAAUAUGUAUUGUAGAAAAGUUUAUAAAUAAUA